AUGGCAAUAGAUAAUAACACUUUAAAAAUUUUAUUAUAACUAGAAGCUAGAUUUCAUGAGAAAAUUUAUAAUUUAGAUCAUGUAAAUGAAAUGUUAGAAAUUUACUCAGACUUUGUUCAAAUAUUUGAUAACUAAAAGUGCGCUAUGAGAGAGUAUUUCCUAGAAAAAAUAUAAUUUUUAAUUAGCAGACCUGAAACUAUAUAGUUAUUAAAGAAAUAAAAUUUAAUCGACUUUCCGAAGGAAGGUUCGAAAAUCUAGGGAAGAAUGAGAUUUAGUGUCUAUAAAAGAGCUUAGGUGAAUGAAAUGAAAAUCUAAUAAGAAUUAUAGAAUAAUGAACUUAAUCAAACUCAAAAUAUGAAUGAAUUGCUCCAAGAAUAUGAUAAAGUAUAAGAAAAUAUAGAGAAAUAAAUUAUAGAAUCUCUAAAUAAUUAGGAUGAACUCUUGGAGAAAAGAAAGAUGAAUAGGAAGAUGAAAACUUAAGUAAUGGCUUAAUCAACUUCGACAGAGAACAUUAUUCAAUAGAAGCAAUAAAAUGAAUUAUAAUGA